CGUCUUCUUUGGUGAUUGCGAUACUCCGUCAACUCACCUCCCAUCUCGACAAAUCCAUCAAAAUGGGCCGCGGACCUAAGAAGCACCAGAAGCGCCUUAGUGCGCCCUCGCACUGGCUCCUGGACAAAAUGUCCGGAACCUAUGCGCCCAAGGCCUCCCCCGGUCCCCACAAGCUCCGGGACUGCCUUCCUCUGAUCGUCUUCAUCCGCAACCGUCUCAAGUACGCCUUGAACGGUCGUGAGACCAAGGCCAUCAUGAUGCAGCGUCUGGUCAAGGUUGACGGCAAGGUCCGCACCGACACCACCUUCCCCGCUGGCUUCAUGGACGUCAUCUCCCUCGAGAAGACCGGCGAGCACUUCCGCCUGAUCUACGAUACCAAGGGUCGCUUCACCGUCCACCGCAUCCAGGCUGAGGAGGCUGAGUUCAAGCUCUGCAAGGUCAAGCGUGUUCAGCUUGGCAAGGGCGGGAUCCCAUUCUUGGUUACGCACGAUGCGCGAACCAUCCGCUACCCUGACCCCGCCAUCAAGGUCAACGACACCGUCAAGGUCGAGAUUGCCACUGGCAAGAUCGCCGAUUACGUCAAGUUUGACUCCGGUGUUGUCUGCAUGGUCACUGGUGGUCGUAACAUGGGUCGUGUUGGUGUCGUCACUCACCGUGAGCGCCACGAUGGUGGUUUCAACAUCGUCCACGUCAAGGACGCCAUUGACAACACCUUCGCUACCCGCGAGUCCAACGUUUUCGUCAUUGGCCAGGAGAAGCCCUGGAUCUCCCUUCCCAAGGGCAAGGGUGUCAAGCUCUCCAUUGCUGAGGAGCGUGACCGUCGCCGCGCCCACGCUCUUGCCAACUAAAUGUCUUCUGACAUUGGCAAGAAGUGUUCCGGUGUAACAAAAAAACAUUAACCAAAACUGUAGCUUGGAAACGGCGUCUUGUCUGCUUUGUGGACUGAUGCAACGUUCCGUAGUUUCAACCAUAGCAAACAAAGCACUCGUUCCGAGUGAUAUGAUACCUAUUUAACGU